AUGGCCCCCUCACGCCAGGUCUACCUGCUUCCAUUGAAGGAUGACGGCUCGCCAGAUGUGCCCGGUGGGUACAUUUACUUGCCACCUCCGACAGAUUCCGGCUAUGUGCUGCGGUUCAUCAUAGAGGGCACCAGCUCCAUUUGUCGGCAGGGAAGUCUCUGGGUGAACAUUCCCGAGGAGGGCAAGGCGUUCGAUCGCCAUUCUUUCCGCGAGUUCAGACUGCAGCCCAAUUUCAACCAGAACAUUCAGAUCGAUAUCCUGGUGAACAGUGCUGGCUCUUUUGCCUAUUACACCACUUUCUCCCCACUGCCGGAGUUCUCUGUCGAGCCUGUGCCUACACCGGAGCCUACGCAGUCUCCAGUUCAUUACAUAGAUGUGUCGCCGAGGCUUACACUCCAGGGGAAGGACCUCCCGCUCAAUGCGCUCUCGAUCUUCUCGGUCAUUUCCAAGUUUAUGGGAGAGUAUCCCACUGACUGGGAUAAGCAUCUUCAUGGCAUCAGCCAGCGAAACUACAACAUGGUCCAUUUUACGCCCCUCAUGCAGCGCGGGUCGUCCAAUUCCCCGUACAGUAUUUUCGACCAGCUAGCAUUUGAUCCUGCCUUCUUUCCCAAUGGAGAAACCGAUGUCGCAUCGCUGGUUUCACGCAUGGAGAAGGACUACGGCUUGUUGACUCUGACUGAUGUUGUGUGGAACCAUACCGCGAAUAACAGCAAAUGGUUGGAAGAUCAUCCGGAGUCAGGGUACAGUGUGGAGACUGCGCCUUGGCUGGAAGCGGCACUAGAGCUAGAUACCGCGCUACUGAAAUUUGGCGAUGACCUUGAGGGUCUUGGCUUGCCAACGGAGUUCCCCACGGCUGACCAUCUGGUCAAGGUUAUGAAUACUCUACGAAAGGAUGUCAUUGACGGCAUUCGUCUUUGGGAAUUCUAUGUCAUAGAUGCCAAGGCCGACACAAAAAGUGUUUUAGACGCCUGGACCAACAAGAAGGCCGAUCGUGCUGCCAUUGAGAGUUCUGCUUUGAAGCAAUUCAAAGAAUCGUCAGUGAAAGACCAAGCCAAGGUCAUUCGUGAACACGGAAUUCCUACUUCGAACCGUAUUUUGGGGAGAUUUGGACGAACAGUCGACCCAGCAUUCGGUGCUGCCGUACUUACGGUGCUUUGUGGCGAUUAUGACCAAGGCAGUUCGAAUGUGGCCGAAGCCGAAGGAUCUUUGGCUAAGCUUCUUGAUGAGGUCAAUCUGCCCUUCUAUGAAGAAUUUAACGCAGAUGUGGCGGUUAUCAUGGAUCAGCUUUUCAACCGAAUCAAGUAUCUCCGCAUUGACGAUCACGGCCCCAAACUGGGCCCAGUUAACAAGGAUAGCCCCCUUAUUGAGUCAUACUUUACUCGGCUGCCUCUCAACGACAUAACUAAGAAGCACAGUCCGAAGGCUCUUGCUUUAGUGAACAAUGGUUGGAUCUGGAAUGCUGAUGCUAUGCGGGAUAAUGCUGGACCAGACUCCAAAGCAUAUCUUCGCCGUGAGGUGAUUGUCUGGGGUGACUGCGUGAAGUUGCGAUACGGAAACUCGCCAAAGGACAGCCCGUUCCUCUGGGACUUCAUGACCCGCUAUACUCGCCUCAUGGCGAAGUAUUUCUCCGGGUUCCGCAUCGAUAACUGUCACUCCACGCCUCUUGUUGUUGCCGAAUACUUGCUGGACGAGGCCCGCAAAGUACGACCGAAUUUGACCGUCUUUGCCGAGCUCUUCACAGGCUCAGAGGAGGCUGAUUACGUCUUCGUCAAGCGCUUGGGCAUCAGCGCUCUAAUCCGGGAAGCCAUGCAGGCUUGGAGUACCGCGGAGCUAAGCCGUCUUGUUCAUCGCCAUGGUGGUCGCCCCAUUGGAAGUUUUGAUGUGGGCUUGCCAUCUGCUGGUAGUAGCCACGCGAUUGCCUCUGCCCAGAAUGGUGAUGCAAAUGAGGAAAUUACCCAUAUCCGCCCGUCUCCAGUUCAGGCACUAUUUAUGGACUGCACCCACGAUAAUGAAGUCCCUGCUCAGAAGCGCGAUGCCAGAGAUACCCUGCCGAAUGCUGCUCUUGUCGCGAUGUGUGCUUCGGCCAUUGGCAGUGUCAUGGGCUACGACGAGAUCUAUCCUCAGCUCAUUGAUUUGGUGCAUGAGAAACGUCAGUACUCUUCUCCCUUUUCUGGAUCACAAAACCUUGAGCUUCACACGAUGAUGGGUGUUGAGGGUUACGAUGAAACUCACAUUCAUCAUGAUGGAGAAUAUAUCACUGUUCAUCGCGUUCACCCCAAGACCAGGAAGGGUAUCUUCCUUAUUGCACAUACUGCGUUCCCGGGCAACGAGAGCGGUGCUGUCCUGGCUCCUACCCAUAUCACUGGCACCCAAGCCAAGCACUUGGGCUCGUGGAUAUUGGAGGUUGAUGCAAACGACGAUGCCAAAGACAAGGUUCUCGCCGACGAUAAACAACUUAAAGGUCUACCUAGCAAAACCCGCGAUAUUGACGCUUCCAAGAUUGAGGGAGAUGGAAAGGACGUGACUGUCUCGGUGCUUGAGACCCUUGUACCCGGUUCCAUUGCUCUUUUCGAAACCUGGAUUCCUGGAGCCGACCAUGCAAAGGGAUUGGAUAACUUCCUCUCUAGCGGAGCAGAUGAAGCGUUCUCUGGGCUCAGUCUGAUUGACAUGAAUUUUGUGCUCUACCGCUGCGAUGCUGAGGAAAAGGAUUCGAGCGGCGGCCAGGAUGGGGUGUACGACAUUCCCAAAAGCGGUCCCUUGGUCUAUGCUGGUCUCCAGGGCUGGUGGAGCGUCCUCGAGGACAUAAUCAAGUACAAUCAGCUUGGCCACCCACUUUGCGACCAUCUCCGUGAUGGCCAAUGGGCUCUGGACUACGUUGUCGGGCGCAUGGAGAAGGUAGCCACGAAGGAUGGAUUUACCGCUUUGCACAAGCCGGCCGCAUGGUUGCGUGAGAAGUUCGAUGCUGUUCGUGGCCUGCCUAACUUUUUGCUUCCACGGUACUUUGCAAUCAUUGUGCAGGUGGCUUACAAUGCUGCUUGGAAGCAAGCUAUUCACCAAUUCAGUGAUAAUGUUCGUCAUGGUCAAGAGUUCAUUCAUCAGUUGGCUAUGGUCAGCGUUCAGCAGACCGGCUACGUGAACUCGGCAUCACUGUGGCCCACCAAGCAUGUUCCCAGUCUCGCAGCAGGCUUGCCCCAUUUUGCUGUGGACUGGGCAAGGUGUUGGGGCCGUGAUGUCUUCAUCUCCAUUCGUGGUCUCUUCCUUUGCACCGGUAGAUUCGACGAAUGCAAGGAGCAUAUUCUUGCUUUUGCAAGUGUGCUCAAACACGGCAUGAUUCCCAAUCUCCUCAGCAGCGGUAAACUUCCUCGUUACAACUCGCGUGACUCAGUCUGGUUCUUUUUGCAGGCCAUCCAAGACUACACCAACAUGGUUCCUAAUGGAAUCAGUAUCUUGCAAGAGAAAGUUCCUCGCAGAUUCCUGCCAUACGAUGACACUUGGUUCCCAUUCGACGAUCCUCGGGCUUAUUCGCAAUCUCCCACUGUCUUGGAAGUCAUCCAGGAGGUAUUCCAAAGACACGCCAAGGGCAUGUCGUUCCGUGAAUAUAACGCGGGUCCUGACCUCGACAUCCAGAUGAAGCCGGAAGGCUUCCGGAUUGACAUCAAGGUUGACUGGGACACUGGAAUCAUUUUCGGUGGUAACCAGGAUAACUGUGGUACUUGGCAAGACAAGAUGGGAGAGAGCCCAAAGGCCGGGAACAAGGGUGUCCCAGGUACACCCCGUGAUGGUGCCGCUAUCGAGAUCACUGGUCUCGUCUACAGCGCCCUUUCAUGGGUAGUGAAGCUUCACGAGUCCAAGACCUACCCGCAUGCCGGAGUCGAUAUUGGCGAUGGAAAAUCUAUCACUUUCAAGGAAUGGGCUGGCAAGAUCAAGGACAACUUUGAACGGUGUUACUUUGUGCCUCUCGAUCCCAAGGACGAUGGCCAGUACGACGUGGACGCCAACGUUGUCAAUCGCCGUGGCAUCUACAAGGACUUGUACAAGUCUGGCAAGCCUUUCGAGGACUAUCAACUCCGUUCCAACUUCCCGAUUGCCAUGUCGGUAGCGCCAGACCUCUUCACACCCGAGAAGGCGCUCACUGCUCUCUCGAUCGCCGAUUCCGCGAUUGUCGGCCCCGUCGGCAUGGCUACCCUAGACCCAACGGACCUCAACUACCGCCCUUACUACAACAACUCGGAAGACUCUACCGAUUUCGCAACUUCAAAGGGCCGCAACUACCACCAGGGCCCAGAGUGGGUAUGGCAAAGAGGGUACUACCUCCGUGCCUUGCUACACUUCGACAUUCAGCGCCGCAAGACACCCGAGGAGCGGAUCGAGUCCUUCCAGCAGGUUACUCGGCGUCUGGAUGGAUGCAAGAAGGCCUUGCGUGAAAGUCCCUGGAAGGGAUUGACGGAGUUGACCAACAAGAACGGCGAACACUGCGGAGAUUCGUCCCCCACUCAAGCCUGGUCUGCUGGCUGUCUUCUCGACCUAUACUACGAUGCCUCGAAGCUUUCUUAG